AGCGAGUUUGCCUCUUUAUCAGUCGUCUGCGAGUGCUGUUGAUUUUCUGUUCACUGAAUUGCCGUUGAUUUUCUUGCUUUUACUAGGCAAACGAAACAAAGCCUGCCAACAUGGUCUGGAUCAUCGAUCAUCAUCGACGAUCAGAUGGCCGGCAAGCCGAAUACUCAGGCUUUAUACGCCCAAAGCCAACUGGAUCACAUGUGCGCUCUGGACAUCAACAGUCAAGUGCCAUUCAUCCGUUUAUCCGGCAUCAUCUGCACGAUCGGUCCCGCGUCUCGAUCCGUGGAAAUCCUGGAGAAGAUGAUCGAGACGGGAAUGAAUAUCGUUCGAUUAAACUUCUCUCACGGAUCUCACGAAUAUCAUGCAAAGACCAUCGCCAAUGUUCGUCAAGCGCAAAAGAAUCUGACAGCCCGUGCCGGUAUCUACAUCCCCGUCGCCAUCGCCAUCGAUACAACGGGUUCCGAAAUCCGUACCGGUCUCCUUGAGGGUGACGACUCGGUCGAAGUGGAAUUAGUGAAGGGUCAGACUUUUAAAUUCUCCACUGACGAAGCGUAUAUGAAGAAAGGAAAUGCACAAAUGGUUUACAUUAGUUACAAGAAUAUUUCUAAGGUGUUGAAAGUAGGAACACGUAUAUUUGUGGACGAUGGCUUGAUCUCUCUAAUCGUCUCUGCUGUCAGUCCCAAUCUAAUCACAACCAUCGUUGAAUACGGUGGUAUGUUGGGUUCUCGCAAAGGUGUAAAUUUACCGGGAGUACCGGUGGAUCUUCCAACAGUGUCAGAAAAGGACAAAUCCGAUUUACAAUUCGGUCUCGAGCAAGAUGUCGACAUGAUAUUCGUCUCCUUCACUCGAAACGCCGCCACGAUAACCGAGGUCCGUAAUAUCCUCGGCGAGAAGGGCAAAAACAUCAAGAUAAUAUCGAAGAUCGAGAAUCAAGAGGGUAGAAUGAAUCUCGACGAGAUCAUCGACGUUUCUGACGGUAUAAUGGUGGAGCGUGGUGAUCUGGGGGUGGAAAUACCCUCGGAGAAGGUAUUUCUAGCGCAGAAGUCUAUGAUCAGUAGAUGCAACAAGGUCGGGAAGCCGGUGAUUUGCGCCACGCAGAUGCUGGAAUCCAUGAUAAAAAAGCCACGUGCCACGAGAGCCGAAACGUCAGAUAUUGCCAAUGCUAUCCUCGACGGUGCUGAUUGCGUUAUGUUAUCCGGUGAAACCGCGAAGGGAGACUAUCCCUUGGAGUGUGUUAGCACAAUGGCAAACAUUUGUAAAGAAGCGGAAGCCGCGAUUUGGCAAACUCAAAUCUUUCACGAUCUAUUGAGCAAUGUUAUGCCGCCUAUCGACGCCACUCACGCAAUCGCUAUCGCCUCUGUAAAAGCGGCCGUUAAAUGUUUGGCUAGUGCCAUCAUCGUUAUCACGACAUCCGGUCGAUCGGCACAUCUGAUCUCGAAGUAUAGACCUCACUGUCCCAUUAUUGCGGUUACCAGGUUCCCUCAGAUCGCUCGACAAAUGCAUUUAUACCGCGGAAUAUUGCCAUUAUACUAUGAAGGAACGUCAUUAACAGACUGGGUGAAAGACGUUGACGUGCGUGAACAAUACGGUUUGAAUUUUGGCAAAACUCGUGGUUUCGUGAAAACUGGCGAUUCGGUAAUAAUCGUGACGGGAUGGCAGCAGGGCUCGGGCUUCACGAAUACACUUCGUGUCUUACCUGUCGACUAAACUCGCAUUAUCUGAUUGGAGACAUGAUCUUUGUGGAGAUACAAAUAUCAUGUGAAAAAACCAUGAAUAUGUACGUAAUUGUAUAUUAUCCUGUCACUUUUUAUAUCAGUAAAUACAGUUAUAUGAGACUA